GAAGUGAAGGAAGAAAUCCGCGCUCUGUGUAUCUUUCUUUUGAUUUACCACGUUUUACUGGUGCCGCGUUGCAACCGCGUGGUUUUGGGAAUAAAUGUUGUGGAUGAAUGUAUGCAUGCGGUGAUAUUAGUUAUUUUAGCUACUGUUUGCCAUUCUUUAUUUCUUCAAUAAUUCGAUCCUGUUCAUCUAAGUUUACACAAUGAUCGAGUCAAGUUUAUUAACACCAUCGUUGAUAAAUGAUCUAUAUAUGGAAGGGCCUUUUCAAGAUGUUAUUGAAAGUGACGAUUUUAUGUUCAAAUAUGAUGAAUCUAUACUCAAGCUUUUCUCACAUAGAUAACUAUAAUCAAUCCAGUACAUAUCCCAGCAAUUUAAAUAAAUCAAAUGUAACUCUUUCCAAGAAGAAAAGAUCUGCAUGUUCACAAGAAUCCAUUAAAUCUUGGUCAAGUAUGACUGCUGAGGAGCAAAACAAGACAUUACUAGAAAUAUCAGAUACAGCUUGUAGAAUGGGAAUUGCAGAACAAAUUGAAGUAAUACGAAUUAUGAAACCAGGUGUUGAAAUUUCUGCUGAAAUGACAGAAUUCACUCUAGAUGUUUCCUUAUUAAAUGACACAAAGUGGAAAAAAAUUCAAGAAUAUUUUAAAAGACAUAAAAGGCCUGUAAAAUCUCGGAAGUCCUCAAAAGCAGGAAAAUCAAAUUCUUCUGUGUCAAGAACAUCUAAGAAACCUAGACAAAAAAAAGAAAAAAAUUUCCCAGAAACUGAUGAGUUUAGAAAAUUAAAAAGAAAACAGCAAAGGCAAGGAAGAAAAGAGGAGAAGAGUGGACUCUUUGUUUAUGAAAAAGUUGUUAAAUUUAGUAGUUUAGAAGAGGAUGAAGAUGUUAAUAUAUUGGAAUAAAUUUCUAUCAUUUAGUUAAAAUUCAAGUAAUCAUCAAUGGCUCAUCACAGAAGUACAUUCAUCCACUUGUUUAAUUUAUUUAAAAAUAUCAAGCUCAAGCAUUAUAUUUGUCUUUUAAAACGAAAGAAUUCAUAGUUUUAAAUAACAUUUAUAACAACGAUAACAUUUACUUAGAACACAGGUUCAAAGUAAAUUAUUUAGAAUCAAAAUAGGGUGCUGGUACAAAUGAGUUUCAUUACAGUGACUGCCUUUAAUAAAAUUCACAUUCGCCAAAAUAUUACUUAAAGCAAGCUCACUUUCGAGUUAAUUUUUCAGUUUUAACUUUUUUUUAUUAAUUAUGAUCAUGCAUUAUCACAAGUAGGUAUAGUUAAUAAUUCAAAAUUUAAAAAAAAUUUAAGUAUUUGAAAUGAAGGUGAUUUAUUAAACUGGAGGCACUGUAUUUGUGCACAUUUUACAUCAAUGUAAUAAUCAUGUCUUACAUUUUCCAAUUGUCAAUCAAAAAUAUUUUCACCAUCUUCCUGAAAAUAGUGAGAUUUAAAUUUGCUGAUUAGAGUAUGGAAUGUUUGGUGUAAAUAUUCAAAUGAACACUUAAUCUAAAUAAAGAAAAGGUGUUUGCCUUUAUUUUAAUAGGAAAUUAGAUUACAUUUUUCCAUUUAGAUCUUUGAGAAAUAAUUUUACCUAUAUAUAUCAAUCAAUUUUGUAAAUUAUGCCAUUGUGGGACAUUUUUGAUGGUCUUCCCAUUUUGUACAUUUGUAUAUACCAUUUGAUAUGCGAUUAGAAGUUUGUGAUCAAGCAAGAGAAAAGUAAAAAUUGUACUAUUCCUCCUUAAUUACUUUUAGUAAAAAUUUGUAAUUAUGGCCAAUUUUACUUUGCAAAAUAUAUGAGUUUAAACUUAGCAUAUUUACUUAGUGUAACCGUUGACGAACUCCAACUGCUACGGGUAUUCUGUUAUUUCAGAAAAUAUUUUUCCUUGAGGUAGCAAGUUUUAUGUAUUUAUAAAUUAGGAUUAAAGAAUUUUGUACAUCACUAAACACACGGAAUUUAAACAGAUAUAUAUCUAUGUAUAUGUGUGUAUAUGCAUAGAUAUAUUAUAUGUUCAAUUAUCUGGAUCAGUUUCAGUCUAGUUAAUUGGUAUUCUACUGUAAAUAUAUGAAGUCAUAUAGACAAAAUACAUUAAUUUUAAAAUAUUUUUGACACAGGAAAAAAUAUUUCACCACAGCUUCAAAUAGUUGGAGUCUGCAUUGAUGUAAAUUUUUUUUUGUUGAUUAAUCGCUCAUAUCAACCUUUGAAAUGUGACUUAGUUAAGAUGUUUCAAAUAUUUUUACUUCAGUGAUUGAUAGCUUGCAAACGUCAAAUAUGUUUAAAAUUAGUGGAGAUAACUAUUUCCAUGAUACAUAGGUAUUAACAGUACAGUCUGAUAAUGAAGCUAUAAAUUUAAGUAGUUAUAUAACAAAGUGAGAUAUUUUUAUAAAAUUUUUACUCUGUUAAAAGUUGAAUUUUUCAUUUUAAACAUAUCUACUUAACUAUCUGUUGUGAUUUCUAGAAGUGUUUGUUUUUCAUGAUAAUUUUCUGAAAUUUAAAUUACCUGAAUUUUAGGUAGAGUAUUAGCUAUUCAUAGACAGAGUAACAAAUCCUAUUGUAUAUGUUUAAUAAUUAAAGAUGAAAAUAAGAUCUUCAGUGCUUAUUGGGUUUUCUGUCUGCAGAAUCGUUCUAUAUAUAUUGCAUGAAACUAAUUACAUUCUUAAUAAGUUUUACAAUUAAAACUACCAUUUACUAAGUUAUACAAUUAAUGAAUUAUGCUAUGCUUUGUGCUUAAGAGUUCAAAGCAUGUUUCAAGAACUUUGUUUUUAAUAAAUUCAAAAAAGUGACUGAAGUUUUACAUGGAAAUUAAAUUUCUUUGUGUUAGAUGAUGUGUGAAAAAGGUUUUGUAUUGAUUAUGAAGAUUUUUAAAAUAGGUAUAAAAUGGAAUCUUUCACGCAUGUAUUAGAAAGUAUAUAUAAAAAAUAAGGUUAGCACUUUCAGUACAUUCCCUUGUUAUAUUUUGAUUAUGUAAAUUUCUCUGAGUAAUUCUGUCAUAUCUAUUAGAAAUUUCAACUAAUUUUCUUUCUUUAUAAAAAUGCUUGGCGUUUUGGUAUUUUAAUGUACACUACAGUUUUGUACUUUUUGUAAAUUUUAUGAUUAAAAUGUUCUGUUUCCUA